AUGGACGAGGUGAUCUGGAUACAUUUAAAAAUAAACAAGAUGGCGUGUUGCGAGCAUUAUGUAAGGAAAUGUUCUUUCCUGGCACCGUGUUGUGGAAAGAUUUACCCCUGCCGCUUUUGUCAUGACAAUGCUGAGAAAACCCAUGAACUAGAGAGGAAGAGUAUUCAACAGAUCAAGUGCAAUCAGUGUGAUAAACUGCAAGCUGUGGUCUCACAUUGUACAGAAUGUGGAAUCAAGUUCGGAUUUUACUUUUGUGAAACUUGCCGUCUCUAUGACGACCGGGAUAAGGGCCAGUUUCACUGCGAUCUUUGUGGAGUUUGUCGCGUCGGGGGCAAAGAAAACUUUUUCCACUGUUUAAGGUGUGACAUGUGCUAUCCAAACAGUAUAAAGAGAUCUCACGUCUGCAUCGAGCAGAGCUCGAGAGCGGACUGUCCGAUUUGCAUGGAGGGCCUACACACCUCUCCUGUUCCUUGCCAGGUGUUGAGAUGUGGCCAUUUAUUACACCAGACGUGUUUUCAAGCGUGUUUAAAGUCACAACUACGGCUCUGCCCUCUGUGCUCGACAUUGAUGGUUUGA